CGAAAAACUUGUUUGCUUGCUGGCAUCGCCUACGCAAUUGAACAGUUGUUAAGUUGGCUAUAAAAGCGUUGCGUUAAUUGGCCAUCAGCAUCAGUCGUUGACGAACCAACAAAACAAACUCAAAACAAUCAACAUGCAAUUCCUUAUCUGCUUUGCUCUGUGCCUGGCUGUCGCCCAAGCUGGUUACCUGGCUUCUCCUGUCACCACCUACGCCGCAGCACCUGCCUUCACUGCUCCAGUGGCCACCUAUGCUGCUGCUGCUCCAGUUACAACUUAUGCUGCUGCUUCCCCAGUGGCCACCUAUGCUGCUGCUGCUCCAGUGACAACUUAUGCUGCUGGUGCUCCUGUGGCCACUUACUCCGCUGCCUAUCCCGCUUACACUCGCUCUGUGUACAGUGCUCCCGCCUAUGCAGCACCCGUGACAACUUACUCAGCUCCUGCUUACACUGCUCCGAUCACCACCUAUGCGGCUCCUGCCAUCGUCAGCCCCUUCCUCAAGAAGAAGUAA